AUGGCGGGACCUGGCAGCCGUAUGUCGGUCUAUUCGAACCAUUCGAGCGCCCCUCGCCCAGCCCAACCAUCCGCACAACUUUCCACCACAACCCUGCUUAAUGCGCUACAUUCUGUUUGGACCAACGGCCAGCCAUACGCUCUUGAAUCCAGCACCAGUCUUGUUGUCAACACAUGGGUCACUAGUAUGAUUGUCGGCCCCGACGGCCGUCAAGGAGGCACCGUGGACGCCGAACUUGGUCGUCGUGCAUGGGAGCACGCCAGAAGAAGAGCCGAGGAUGGAUGUGUUGUNCUUGGGGUGAGUCCAUGUCAUGAUAGGCUUGUGUUGUACCUCGCUAAUCUAUACCACAGCUCCCUCCACGAGUCUACACCUUCGCUCCUCAUCCCCUUUCUAUCUUCGCUACCCAUUGCAGUACCCACGACUGUGUACACUGCUCUGAACGCUAUCCGCCCCUUCCUAUAUUCCGUGACGCCACGCAACCCUUCGGCAGCACAGCACAAUGGCCUGGCGGCCGUGCUCAACNNCCUCAACCUUGAGGGUGAGCUGACAGGCGCUUCGCUCAGCCUUUCUUCUUCUGGAAUCAAUGUUGCCAAAGGUCUGACCGACGUGCCUGCCGAAAUUGGCUACCGCGCAUUUGAUGUUUUCUAUUACUUGCUCUCAAGCGCCUCGCCAGCUGAGAAGGAGUUNUUGAGUCUGCAAGAACCCAAGGCCUACGCUCUCCUAAAAAAGACAGAUACCUACACCCCUCCUCUAUAUCUCCCUACAGCCGAUGAUGCUGCUGCCGCGGACGACUUCCGUGCGUCGCUAAAGGAGAUUGGUAUCAAGGGAGCUGCCCUCAGAAACAUGCUUUCCGUUGUAGCUGCCAUCCUCAAACUUGGCGAGACCAUGGGUUUCCUGGUCGAUGAGGAUAUACUGGAGAAUGUCUGUGAAGAGGUGGCUGAUUUGCUUGAUUUGGACACGGCCGUGUUGACCAAGAAGUGCGAUACUAUGGAACGCCAGACUUUGAUGGCUGCCAUUUACGAGGCCUUGGUCGAUUGGGUCAUCGCUCGUGCCAACGAAGCUAUCCGCAUGGAGCUCCGCAACGGCGGUCUCGUCAACUCGUCUAGUGGAAGCGACACAGAGAACUCUGGAGGCAUCCUGACACCACCUCCGGGUGACGAUGGUGCAGAUACCGUCAAUUUGACGAUUCUCGACCUGCCUAGUGUCACUUUGGGCAAGGCAAUGGCUCUGCGUACUGUUUUCGACGAUUCAACGGGAAUCAACCUCGAGAUGAAAGAAGACGGAGUACCCUCUUAUCACGUCGGUUCCUCGAUCGUUCGAGAGAUGACUGACGCCGUCAACGACAAUGCUGCAGAGCUCGAGCUUCCCAACUCUGUGGCCGCAAGAGAGCGUGAGGAAGUACUUGAUCGUCGCGAGGCACUUCUUGAGAAAGUGGGCGUCGAGACAGAAGCGGACAGCUUCCUCAGACGUCUUCUGUACCCUGUAGACGGUGAGGGCAUUCAGCUUGGUAAAGCUGGUCGUUUCAGUCUUAUGAACCUUUUGGGAAGCAGUCGUGUCUGGUUCCAGCUCGCCCUUCAUCCUACUGACGAGUCACCGGCGUCCUUGGCGAAUCACUCACCCAACAGUUUCCCAUGGUCUGCAGGGUCAGUGUCUAGCCAGAUUCGUUCCUGGAGACUUCCCGAGUGGGCCAACCAUCGUAACAAGAAGCUCGAUUACACUGCUGAUUUCGAUCUUAACGAGUUUCAGGAGCGUUAUGCACGCCUGGGCUGUCAACUUGGUCGUGACGGUGUCGAGAGUUGGAUCAUGGAACGUGGUUGGAGCAAUGGAGAAGUCGUCAUCGGCCAAGAGAGAAUCUGGAUUCGCGAGGCUGCUUGGUGGGAAGCUGAGAGUAUGCUCGAUCUGAAGCCUAUGGAUUCAUCAAUGGACGCCGCAGGACCUUUCGGCGGCCAAUACCAGGUGUCUACUCCAAUGGUUGAAGACGGUUUCUACCAGCAGCCUUACCACGACAACCCUAGCAAUCCUUUCCUCAGCCGUAACCAGAGCUUCGCCAGCAGAAGUCAACUUGGAGCCAAGUCUAUUGCACCUUCGAAAGCACCAACCCAGCAAGGCCGACCGGGAGAUUAUGGUCUCGGUACCAAGGGUGACAACAAAUAUGGCGACGUGACCUAUUACGGCGAGNNGGUCGAAGAUGGCGAUGCAAAGGUCAUCACCGAGGUCCCCAUCACAUUUAGUCGAAAGGCCUGGAUCUGGACUACAUGGGCAUUGACUUUCUAUAUUCCUUCGCCCGCUCUGCGUUAUAUCGGUCGCAUGAAGAGACCUGAUGUCCGUCAAGCAUGGAGGGAAAAGGUCGCUCUCAUGAUCAUCAUCUUUAUCAUCAACGCUACUGUAGUCUUCUACAUCGUCGCAUUUGGCCGUCUGCUCUGCCCCAACAUGAACAAAGCCUGGAGUGCCAAGGAAGUCGGCUAUCACGCAGCAUCUAACGACUACUAUGUCAGUUUCCGCGGACAUGUGUACGAUCUCACCAAAUUUCACAAGACUCAACACAGUGAUGGUGUCAUAAAAACUACCAUUGCCAACAUGGAGCCAUUUGGCGGCACUGAUGUCAGCGAAUAUAUCGUCCCUCCUCUCACUAUUGCUUGCCCUGGUCUCGUACCCGACUCAACCUCUGCCGUUGCCGUGACAGGCUUGACUUCAAACACGACUCUGGAAUAUCCCCAGGCAACGCAUAGCUCGGGCCCUACAGCUGCUCCAGACCCGAACACUGCGCUCCACGACAUUAAUUGGUACGGCGACAAGUUUUUGCCUAAGAUGAAAGAGUUCUACAAGGGUGAUCUGGUCGUCAANAAGAACAAGAUUAAGAGCGAUGGACAAGACAACAACCAUUACUGGUUCACCUUGGGUAACAAGCUCUACGAUAUGACCGAUUACUUCCACACAUUGGACUUGAUGAACAACCUUGCCACGUACGCAUUUUUCCCGGAGGAAUUUUCAGCGAUUGUUCAAGCCAAUCCUGGUCUCGACAUCAAGCAACAAUUCGACCAGACGAUCACCAACCCGACUAAUCAUUCCAAAAUUACACAAUGUCUGGACAAUAUGUUCUACGCUGGUAAGGUCGAUUUCAGAGAUACUCCCCGUUGCCAAGUGAACAACUACAUUCUGCUGGCAUUUACCAUCAUUCUCUGUACUGUCAUCGUGGUUAAGUUCCUGGCUGCUCUGCAAUUCGGUUCCAAACCUCGUCCCGCUCCGCAAGACAAAUUCGUCAUCUGUCAAGUCCCUGCCUACACCGAGGGUGAAGACCAUCUUAGAAAGGGUCUCGACUCGCUCACGUCGCUGGCAUAUGACAACAAGAGAAAGCUGAUCUGUGUCAUUUGCGAUGGCAUGAUUGUCGGAGGUGGCAACGACCGCCCAACGCCUAAGAUUGUUCUGGAUAUCCUCGGUGUUGAUCCCAAGAUUGAUNNCCCCCCUGCUCUUCCAUUCAAGUCUAUCGGUGCUGGUGCGGAACAGCUGAACUACGGAAAGGUCUACUCUGGUCUCUACGAGUUCGAAGGCAACGUGGUUCCCUACAUUGUCGUCGUCAAGUGUGGUAAAGAGUCUGAACAGGUCAAGGCCAAGCCCGGUAACCGUGGUAAGCGUGACUCGCAGAUUCUGCUCAUGAGCUUCCUCAACAGAGUUCACCACCGCUCUCCCAUGUCACCACUUGAGUUGGAAAUGUUCCAUCAGAUCAACAAUGUCAUUGGUGUGGACCCUGAACUCUAUGAAUAUCUUCUGAUGGUCGACGCCGAUACUCUGGUCAAGGAAGAUUCUCUUACUCGUCUCGUUGCUGCUUGUACAAAUGACUCUAAGAUUGCCGCUGUCUGUGGUGAAACCAGUCUGGAAAACGAAGAACAGUCUUGGACCACUAUGAUUCAGGUCUACGAGUACUACAUUUCUCAUCACUUGGCGAAGGCUUUCGAAAGUUUGUUCGGUAGUGUCACCUGUCUUCCUGGAUGUUUCACUAUGUACCGUCUUCGAACAGCAGAUAAAGGAAAACCUCUCAUCAUCUCUGAUGCAAUCAUUGAAGAGUACAGUGAUUGCAACGUUGAUACUCUGCACAAGAAGAACUUGUUGUCGCUUGGUGAAGAUCGUUGGUUGACCACUCUGAUGACCAAGAACUUCCCUCACAUGUCCUUCAAGUUUAUUCCCGAAGCAUAUGCUCAAACCGCCGCACCCGAGACAUGGAGCAUUCUUCUUUCUCAAAGACGUCGCUGGAUCAACUCAACUAUUCACAACUUGGCUGAACUGAUGCUCAUCAAGGACAUGUGCGGUUUCUGUUGUUUCUCCAUGCGCUUCGUCGUGUUCAUCGAUCUGUUCGGUACUGUCAUCCUUCCGGCUACUGUCGUCUACCUUGUCUACCUCAUCGUCACCGCAUCGACUGGUGGUCAAUUCCCUCUCAUCUCAAUCAUCAUGUUGGCUGGUGUAUAUGGUCUACAAGCCAUCAUCUUCAUUGUCAAGAGACAGUGGCAGCACAUCGGUUGGAUGAUCUGUUACUUGGCCGCUUAUCCUCUUUACUCAUUUGUCUUGCCUGUCUACUCUUUCUGGAAGCAGGAUGACUUCUCAUGGGGUAACACUCGUGUUGUUAUUGGAGAGACUGGUGCCAAGCAGGUCAUCGCUGUGGAUGCUGAAGAAUUUGAUCCUCGCAGCAUUCCUCUGCAGCGCUGGGACGAUUAUGCUUACCAAAAUCAACUUCCUGGCCGUCGUGGUAUGGUCGCUCAGGAGAAGGAGAUGGGCUUCUCGCCGUUCCAAGAUAAUGGAGGAUAUGAGAUGGACGAUAUUCGCUCGGUCUACUCCUCUGUCCACCCUGCCUCUACCAUUCUCACCGGCCUCCCCAACAACAACAUGCCCUACCGCCCUCCUACCCAAUCACCUGGCCCAUACAACGCAUACAACCGUUUGUCUAGCUACUCACGCUUCACUGACGUCGCACCCGGCGCCAACGAGAACUCACGUCUCAUGUCUAUGGGCAACAUGAGCGACGCCUCACCUGGCUUGCCCCGCAACCCCAGUGGCCAAUACCUGUCUUCCCAGCCUGACUUGCUCUCACCGAAGCUCUCACCUCCUCCCUCGGCUGGCUUCCCUCCUCGUUCCCGCAGCCCAUUGUCCCAGUCCGCUUCGCGUCCUCCAAGCACUUUCGGCCUUCCCGGGUUCCAAACCCAGGGAGUCACUGACAGUCAGAUUGUCGAUGCCGUCAGAGAUUGCCUGAGAGAAGUGGAUCUGGAUACAGUGACCAAGAAGCAGCUGAAGGUACUUACAGAGCAGCGAUUGCAAGUGCAGUUGGAUCCUCAGAAGAGAGCCUUCUUGGACCAACAGAUUGAUUACGAGCUCGCAAACAUGUAG